AUAUUACACGGAAGCCUGGGAGACGUUUACUUAACAAAAACACUUCGGAAAAUGUUGCAUUUAUUGAUACUUACCCUAACAUCGAUUGGGCUGGUUACCGGUGACACAAACUGCCCUGGCUUUUCAAAUUAUCUGAACAACGUUACGUUACUGAAUGAACUCAACGGAGAAUAUUUGGUCGUAUUCACCACCUCCGCGUAUGUCCUAAAUUGCGAACGCAUUUCCUGGUCAUUAGACGAAAAUAACAAUCCUACCGCUUACCUCAAAGAUUCAACUGGAUGUUGCAGGCAAAUCACUAAAUUUGAUGAAUCUAAUCAGGAUUACUAUCAACAUUACAUUACUCCACUCUCCGUGUGUACCCGUCUUAAGUCCACGGAAAAUGUGGCCAAGAAAUUAGUCGCGAGUGUUGGAACCAGGACAGAGCUCUGCUUAGUCAUUUAUAUAUGUCACUCUUCUCGAUAUGGGCUGUUGAUUGUAUGCCGUCAGCCGCCUCAACCGUCACUUUUGUUCUCACUUCAUCAAACUCUAAAUAACUUGUUCAGUUUACUUGUACCGAUACCAGUUUUGCGAACUGUGAAUCAAAACAAUUGUGUUUUCCCUCACGAUUGUUAUUUUUAAAUAAAAGUAUCGCUCUGGCUGCCGUGCAAAGUUAAAACGCCUUGAGGUUUUUUU